AUACGUUUGUAUGUAUACGUGAUAUUUGUUCUUCACGCGUUCAUCUACGUUCACGCUCUAUCCUUCUUAGAAAAGAAAAGGGAAAUAAAUAUUGUAAAGCGAGCAAUUCUGCCCAAAAUACCUACAGUUUUAUUUACUGCAAAAGCCGUUUGCGGAAACUAACCAUCAAUUUACUUUUCUGCCAAGUAUCUUUGCAAGCUCUUCAAAAUUUCGGACGACAUGGAUAAUAACGCUGGUUCGGAGAAUCGUGAGAAGGAACGUGAUCGUCGUGGUCGUGGAGCACGAGGUUCCCGCUUUUCCGAUGCAGACACUUCCUCUGCUGCCGGUGGACGUGACCGCAGCCGCGAACAUCGUCGCAACUGCCGCAUUUACAUUUCGAACAUACCCUACGAUUAUCGCUGGCAAGACUUGAAGGAUUUGUUUAGGCGUGUUGUUGGCUCUGUAGAAUACGUUGAAUUGUUCCACGAUGAAAAUGGAAAAGCCCGUGGCUGUGGUAUUGUGGAGUUCAAAGAUCCCGAUAAUGUCCAGAAGGCAUUGGAGAAAAUGAAUCGUUAUGAGGUAAAUGGCCGUGAAUUAGUUGUAAAGGAGGAUCACGGCGAACAACGUGAUCAAUGUGGACGCAUUAUCCGAGAAGGAGGUGGUGGCGGCGGUGGUGGUGGUGGAGCUGGUGGCCGUGGAAAUGAUGGUUAUGGUGGUGGCGGCGGUGGAAGGCGCGAUGACGAUCGAUCAUCUGGUCGUAAUAAUUAUAACAUGAUGUCAAAUGAUUUUGUUAACCAACCAGCGAAUUAUAAUUAUUAUGGGCUUUCAGCGUCGUUUUUGGAGAAUCUUGGCAUUACUGGACCUUUGCAUAAUAAAGUUUUCGUUGCUAAUCUUGACUAUAAAGUGGACUCUAAGAAGCUUAAGCAAGUCUUUAAACUGGCUGGCAAAGUACAAAGCGUCGAUUUAUCUUUGGACAAAGAUGGCAAUAGUCGAGGCUUUGCUGUAGUCGAAUAUGAUCACCCAGUGGAAGCUGUUCAAGCCAUCUCUAUGCUGGAUCGUCAAAUGUUGUAUGACCGUCGCAUGACUGUACGUUUAGAUCGCAUUCCGGACAAGGGUGAGAGUAUAAAAUUGCCCGAAGGCCUGGGUGGUGUGGGCAUUGGCCUGGGUCCCAAUGGCGAACCUUUAAAGGAUGUAGCUCGCAACUUGCCCAAUGCCAAUCAGCAAAACCAAUCGAUGGGAGUCAACAAUGGCAAUAUGGGUGUUGGCGGUGGAAUGGGUGGUAACGGCGGCAUGGGCAUGGGAAAUGCUGGAUCGAAUGUUGGAGGUAUGUUUGGUAACAAUGGUGGGGUGCAACAGCCUGCUCCGGUGGCACCUGUCGGACCCAAUAGCAAAGCCCAAGGCAACAUGCCUUUAAAUACCAAUUCUGGACUAAAUCUUGCUGCUCUCACCAAUGUUGUAGGUGGAUUAGGAGCUGCCUUAUCUAAUCCCCUGUUGACAACUUCAUUGAAUAAUUUGGGUAUAAACCUGGGUCAAGGGCAAGGAGGUGGCAACGAUGACCCCUUGGCCACCGGAAAUGCUGGUCUUUCGAAUAACUAUAGCACUGGAGGCAAUAAUUAUAGCUCUGGAUUUGGCGGUGCAUCUGGUUUCAAUGCCCCACCUGGUAAUUCUGGCGGUGGAGGUGGUUUUAACGCCUAUAACAGCUCCAGUGGAGGCGGCAAUUCUGGUCCUGCUCUAGAUGGCGAUUAUGGAGCUGGCAAUGCCCUGGAUAUGUAUGGCUCGGGCUCAGGUGGUAAUGGCGGUAAUAAUUCAGGAGGCAUGCGCAAAUCUGACACCAUUAUCAUUAAAAAUAUUCCAUUAAGCUGCACUUGGCAGACACUUCGAGAUAAAUUCCGUGAUGUUGGUGAGGUGAAAUUUGCUGAAAUCAGAGGAAAUGAUUUGGGUGUAGUACGUUUCUUCAAAGAAAGAGAUGCGGAACUAGCCAUAGCUCUUAUGGAUGGUUCUCGCAUGGAUGGGCGUACCGUAAAAGUGACAUAUUUUUAAAAUAGUCACACACACCAUCCCACCACCUGCUUUGGUUUAGAAAUGUAACGAAGUGAAGUGAUGAAAGUGCUUGUCCUCCGUAACACUUUUAAACAUUGACUUUAGUCCAUCACUUCCCUAAGUUUUAAUACCUAUUAUAAGUAUAUAAUCUAAAACAUAAUAUUAUGUAUGACUCUAACAUUUAGACCAUAUUUUAAGUUGAACUCUUGUGUAUUUUUAUCCAGACAUUCGUAUAUUAUUUGAAACCAAACAACUUUUAUCACAUGGGUGUGAUAAAGAGUUAAAAGUGCAAAACAAAAAAAAAAAAAAUAAUAAUAAAUCAUCCAAGAGUUUUCCCUGCCGACAAAAAAUCGUAGUUUACGCCCCCUUCCUUCCGGUGUGUUUACAUUUUGCAUUCAAAUCGAUCUAUGACAACAAAAAUAUAUAUAUUAUACAGUAGCGAUUAAACAUGCCAAAACAAAAAUGUAUUUUCCUUCUUAAUAAAUUAUAAAGAAAAAGAUUUUAAGAAUA